AUGGAAUUUGGUCCUACCUUGUUGCUCAUGCUAUUUUGCAUUAUUAUACCUCUCUUCAACAAACUCCUUAAACUCAAUGACUCAACAAAGAAAUCAAAGAAGCCUAGGCUCCCACCAGGUCCCAAACCAUGGCCUAUAGUUGGUAACAUCCCUCAAAUGCUUGCAAACAAACCCACUCUUAGAUGGAUACAAAACAUCAUGAAUGAUCUCAACACCGAAAUCGCAUGCAUCCGUCUAGGCAAUGUCCAUGUUAUCCCAGUGACAAGUCCUUCCAUUGCACGCCAAAUUUUAAUGAAACAAGAUGCAAUCUUCGCAUCAAGACCAUUGAGUUGGUCAAGUAAAUUUGUCUCAUCGGGAUACCUAGCCACAACUCUAACACCCUUUGGAGAACAAUGGAAGAAAAUGAAGAGAGUCAUAGUUGAGGAAUUGAUUUCGCCACAAAGGCAUCAAUGGCUGCAUGACAAAAGGGUGCAAGAAGCCGAUAACCUUGUUCUCUAUGUGUAUAACCAAAUCAAGAAUGGUAGUGGCCUAGUGGAUUUGAGGCAUGUAGGGCAACACUAUGGUGGAAACUUGAUUAGAAGGUUGCUCUUCAAUAAGAGGUACUUUGGUAAUGGUAGAGAAGAUGGGGGUCCUGGUGCUGAGGAAUUGGAGUAUGUUGAAGCACAGUUCAUGGUGGUAAGGCAUAUUUAUGCAUUUUCUGUUUCUGAUUAUCUUCCGUUCUUGUGGGGGUUUGAUUUUGAAGGUCAUAAGAAAAUAUUGAAGAAAGCUACUAAUACCCUAAGGAAGUACCAUGAUCCCAUCAUUGAAGAAAGGAUUUGUCAAUGGAGGAAUGGGACCAGGACACAUCAAGAGGAUUGGCUUGAUGUUCUUAUCUCAUUGAAAGAUGCUAACAACAAUCCAUUUUUGACUCUCCAGGAAAUCAAAAGUCAAAUCAUGGAAAUUGCAGUUGGAACAAUGGACAAUCCAUAUAAUAAUGUUGAAUGGGUACUUUCUGAAAUAAUUAAUCAACCAGAGAUACUUCAAAAGGCUAUUGAAGAAUUAGAUAAAGUGGUAGGAAAGAAGAGGUUAGUACAAGAAUCAGAUAUUCCAAAGCUCAACUAUGUGAAGGCAUGUUUGAGAGAAGGUUUUCGUCUUCACCCAAUUAAUGACUUUAAUAUUCCUCAUGUUUCAAUGAAAGACACAAUUGUUGCCAAUUACUUCAUCCCAAAGGGUAGCCAUAUUCUUAUUAGGAGGCAAGGUAUUGGCCAAAAUCCAAGAGUUUGGAAUGAACCAUUGAAGUUCAAACCUGAAAGACAUUUGAAGAAAGAUGGAUAUGAUUUGACUUUGACUGAGUCAAAUCUAGAGUUGUUCAUAUUCGGCACUGGAAGACGAAGUUGUCCUGCAAUCACACUUGGGACUACAGUGAUUGUUAUGCUCUUUGCAAGGUUGGUUCAUGGAUUCACUUGGAUUGCACCUCCCAAUGAACCAAGCAUUAAUCUUUCUGAACUUGAAAAGGAUACCACAAAAGUUAAGCCACUAGUUGCACUGGGAAAACCAAGACUACCACUGGAAGUUUAUCAUCAAAUCAAUUAAAAGAAAUAUCUUUGAAUGAUUUUAGUACUUUGCAUCAUUUAAUUAUUGGUGUGUCAUCUUUAAUUUAGGUAGAACUAUACAAACUAAUUAUGAUGAAGUGUGAGUCACUCAAUAACAUGGGUCAGGCAGAC